AUGAAAAUUAUAGAUCUGGAAAUAGAAUUAAACGAAUCAUCUCUCAUACUGUCGGAGAUACUAAAGAUAUCUGAUAGCUGUGAAUUAAACGACAUUAAGAGGAGCAGAAGCUUCUUUGAACUACGGAAAAGCAAUAAGGUAGUGGAUAGGUUGGAUAGAGGUAUUAGCAAGAGUUACAACGAUCUGAUAAACAUUAAAUAUGACGGACGAAACAACACGCAGAAACUGUCGCGGAAAAUAACAGACAUGACGAAAGAAAUAGAAAUAAAAAACACCAAGAUAAUUGAACAACAGAAAUGUAUAAGCAUACUAGAAGACGCGCUGAGAGACAACAAUAAUAUAGCGGAACUGGAACAACUGUUACUUGUAGUGAGGAGCAAGGAUGAGAGGAUACACGAGCUGGAACGGUUCCUGAAAACACCGGGUGUGGGGGAACCGGGAACCGGGAUACGGGAACCGGGAACCAGGAUAAAGGAACUAGAAGACGCUCUGAAGGAAUCAGUGGUUAUAGCGACGGAGAGAGAGAGAGUGUUCUAUGAGGAGGAACAGAAGAGAAUUGAAACAAUACGGAAGAUGAAGAAGCUGGAACAACGAAUCCUUUCACUCCAGAAUGCAUCUAUCAUGAACUGUUCAACUUGUACAGCCGUGAUCAACAAACUGAAAACUGUUGAAGAUACAUUGAGGAUAUGUGACAACAACAGGAGACAUGUACUGACUGACCUGGCGAGAGUCAUACAGGACCUUCUAGAAAGUGCUAUAACAGAAAAGGAUACGGAAAUAGCUCAGUUAGAGAUGAAAGGAGUUCUGAACGAAGAAGAUACUAUAACUUGCGAUCGACUUAAAAAUGACAAAGAGAGACUGCUACAAAGGUUAAGAGUAGAGAAUGAAAGGAUUCUUAAUUUUGAUAAAGCACCAAUUGAGCGGGUUUGUGAUGAAAGCUCUGUUCCCGUGUUGACGCUCGCUGAUGAUUUGAUGAUGAUUGAUGAUGAAGGAAUCACCUGGGCAGAGGACAUCCCGGCGACUGUGUUGUGA